AUGAAGGACAAAGCUGAGCUGUCUGUAUCUAAGACGCCUGAAGAAGCGAUGCGAUGCUCGCCUAGUGCAUGCAAGUGCGCAUUAAAAAUGCUAAGGAAGCUUGAGGGGGAAAUGAUGAUUCAGUUAGAGGAGGCCAAGAUACGAGCCUCACAAAUAAAUAUAAAGGAUGUUCAAUCCCAAUUAAAGCCAUGUGCAUCGACAGAUGCUCAAUAUUGUAUUCCAAGGCGGAUAGCGGAGCUGAGAGCGGCUCGUGGUAUGUUAGAGUAA